GACAUCUGCUGGGGUCAGAGCACCCAUGACAGCCUCUUCGUGGCGGUGCCCAAGAACCCCUCCCUGGACUCGAGUUGCUUCUCCUCCCCACCUGUGAACUUCCUUCAAGAAUUGCCAAGCUACCGGUCCAUCGCACGCAGGAGGACAAACAUCCUGACCCGGGACAAGCAAAGUAGCAUUCUGCUGAAGCCGACAGACUCUUAUGGCUCCAACCUGGAGGAAGGACUCACUGAUAACCUCAAUAGCCAAUCCAUUCGAAAGUAUGCGCUCAACAUCUCCGAGAAGCGGAGACUAAGGGACAUUCAGGAGACCCAAAUGAAGUAUCUCUCCGAGUGGGAUCAGUGGAAACGGUAUAGCAGCAAGUCUUGGAAGAGAUUCCUGGAGAAGGCUCGCGAGAUGACGACACACCUGGAGCUGUGGCGAAACGACAUUCGCAGCAUAGAAGGGAAAUUUGGCACUGGGAUUCAAUCCUAUUUCUCCUUCUUGCGGUUCUUGGUGUUACUGAAUUUGGUGAUAUUUCUGAUCAUCUUUAUGCUGGUUUUGCUCCCGAUCUUACUUACCAAAUACAAGAUCACCAACAGCAGCUUUGUGCUGAUUCCAUUCAAAGACACAGAUAUACAAUGCACAGAAUAUCCAAUAAGUAGCUCUGGACUCAUUUACUUUUACAGUUAUAUCAUAGACUUGCUUUCUGGAACCGGUUUCUUGGAGGAGACCAGCCUCUUUUAUGGACAUUAUACCAUUGAUGGGGUGAAAUUUCAGAACUUCACCUAUGAUCUUCCCCUGGCUUAUUUGUUAAGUGCAAUUGUCUACCUGGCCCUGAGCCUUAUUUGGAUAGUGAAAAGGUCGGUGGAGGGGUUCAAAAUCAACCUGAUUCGGAGUGAGGAGCACUUCCAGAGUUACUGCAACAAGAUCUUUGCCGGCUGGGACUUCUGCAUCACCAACCGCAGCACUGCGGAUCUGAAGCACAGCAGCUUGAGGUACGAGCUCCGGGCAGAUCUGGAGGAAGAAAGAAUACGGCAGAAAAUAGCAGAAAGGACCUCGGAAGAAACGAUACGCAUUUACUCUCUGAGACUGUUUUUGAACUGUAUUGUUCUGGCUGUUUUAGUGGCGUGCUUUUACGCGAUCUAUAUAGCAACUAUCUUCUCGCAAGAACACAUGAAGAAAGAGAUUGACAAGAUGGUUUUUGGAGAGAACCUCUUGAUACUGUACCUACCGUCUAUUGUGAUCACACUGGCCAAUUUUAUCACCCCAAUCAUUUUCGCCAAGAUCAUCCACUAUGAGGACUAUUCCCCAGGUUUUGAGAUCCGGCUGACAAUCCUUAGGUGUGUCUUUAUGCGGCUGGCCACCAUCUGUGUGCUGGUGUUCACUCUGGGCUCCAAGAUCACGUCCUGUGAGAACAGCACAUGUGAACUCUGUGGCUACAACCAGAAACUCUACCCAUGCUGGGAGACCCAAGUUGGGCAGGAAAUGUACAAGCUGAUGAUCUUCGACUUCAUCAUUAUCUUGGCUGUGACGCUUUUUGUGGAUUUUCCCAGAAAGCUCCUGGUGACCUACUGUUCCUCGUGGAAGCUGAUUCAGUGCUGGGGGCAGCAGGAGUUUGCCAUUCCUGAUAAUGUCCUGGGGAUCGUUUAUGGGCAAACCAUUUGCUGGAUUGGGGCCUUUUUCUCACCUCUUCUUCCUGCUAUUGCAACCUUGAAAUUCAUUAUCAUCUUUUAUGUGAAAGAGCUGAGUCUUCUUUAUACCUGCAGACCCUCCCCCAGGCAGUUCAGAGCGUCCAAUUCUAAUUUCUUCUUCCUGUUGGUAUUGUUGAUCGGGCUGUGUUUGGCAAUAAUACCUCUGACAAUCAGCAUGUCACGCAUCCCGUCCUCUAAGGCCUGUGGACCAUUCACCAACUACAAUACCACCUGGGAGGUCAUCCCCCAGACGGUGAGCACCUUCCCCAGCUCACUGCAAUCCUUGGUCCAUGGCAUCACGUCAGAAGCCUUUGCAGUUCCUUUCUUCAUGAUCAUCUGCCUCGUUAUGUUUUACUUCAUCGCCCUCGCCGGGGCACACAAACGGGUGGUCGUCCAGCUCCGAGAGCAGCUGUCCCUGGAAAGUCGUGAUAAACGCUACCUAAUCCAGAAACUAACAGAAGCCCAAAGGGACAUGAGGAACCAACCAGCAAAGACCGAUGAGGAACCCAUGAGCAUAGACUGA